AAUAUUUUUAUGACAUUCUAAAAGCUAAGCUGAAGUGAUUCCUCGACCCCAAUUCACGAUAGAAAAGGAGGGAACAGAGUAUUUCCCCAAACCCUAAAAUGGAUGACAGAGACAAAUCCGAGAGGCGAACCAGAGAUCGACACUCCGAACGCGACCGCGACCACAAGCAUCAUCGGAGCCGGCACGACUCCGAUGACCACCGUCAUCAUCGGUCGGACCGGAAUGCCAAACACGAACACAAAACCAGAGAAGACCGAGAAGGAAGCAGAGAUAGGGUAUAUGACAGAGACGAAAGAGAGGGUAGCAAAGGUAGGUCCAAAGUGAAGCGCGAUGAAGAGAGGGAAAAUUCAGUGGAGCCGCGACACUCGCAUUCUCACAAACGGAAGGAUAGGGAACACAGUGAAGAUCGGGAUUUGGAGGAUAAGAGAAUUAGGGUUUCUGAAGAGAAGAGGGAAGUGAAGAAGGAACGUAGGAAGUUUGGUGAUAAAGUGAAGAAAGAUGAAGAUUAUAAUAAUGAGCCCAAGGUUAAGGAGGAAGUUACCAAUGGUGCCCAUGGCUUUGCCUCUUCCGAAGAUAACGCUUCUGUGCAUAACGGAGUUGUGGUGGGAUCUCCUGCUGUGGUGCAUGCUAGUGUGCCAGAGACAUCUUUGCCCCCUCCUCCUCCCAUUCCUAUAAAGGUAUCUUCAAUUUCUACCACAAAUGAAAAUAAGGGCGUUAGUAUUACCAGGUCUCAUGAGGUUACUGGAAAAUCUAGUACAGAUGGGUCUUCUUCAACUGCUGGAAAACCUGGAAGCCUCUCUAUUGACGCCUUAGCUAAGGCUAAGAAGGCUUUACAAAUGCAAAAAGAGUUGUCAGAAAAGCUAAAGAGAAUUCCUCAGUUGAAUAAGGGUUCUACCUCAAAUUUGCGAGAAAGCACAAAUUUGGGUCUCAAGACUGAAUCUACAGCGCCCUCUCUUAGUGCUGGAGUGGCAUCAAGACCUGCCACCUCAGCUUCUUCAGGUUCUGUUGCCAAUAUGCCAAUUUUUCCUACUGCUGCUGCAAACCCUCCAGCUAGUGGUACUAAUGUUGCUGGUGUUGCAACUGCAACCAACUUUGAAGCUGUCAGACGCGCUCAGGAGCUUGCUGCCAGGAUGGGAUUCCGUCACGAUCCACAAUUUGCCCCUCUAAUAAAUAUGUUUCCUGGCCAGAUUGUAACACCAGAUGGUACUAUCCCUCAGAAACCAACAAAGGCUCCUGUUCUUCGUCUUGACGCCCAGGGACGGGAAAUAGAUGAACAUGGAAAUGUUGUUAAUGUAACUAAGCCAAGCAACCUUAGCACAUUAAAGGUCAACAUUAAUAAACAGAAGAAGGAUGCAUUUGAAAUACUAAAACCUGUAUUGGAAGUUGAUCCUGAAUCUAAUCCUCAUUUUGAUGAGAGGAUGGGUAUCGACAAAACAAAGCUCCUGCGGCCCAAGAGGAUGAAUUUUCUAUUUGUGGAGGAAGGAAAAUGGUCAAGAGAUGCUGAAUCAAUAAAAUUGAAGAGUAAAUUUGGAGAAGCUCAAGCAAAAGAGCAGAAGGCCAAACAAGCACAACUAGCAAAGGCAAAGGCUGCUCCUGAUAUAAAUCCGAACUUAAUAGAGAUAACAGAGAGAGUUGUAAUAAAAGAAAAACUGAAGGACCAAAUUCCCGAAAUUGAGUGGUGGGACGUGGCACUUCUGCAUUCUGGAAAUUAUGGUGACAUUGCCAACGGAACCAUAGGUGAAGACAAACUGAAAAUUGAAAAAAUCACCUUUUAUGUGGAGCAUCCUCGUCCCAUUGAACCACCUGCUGAGCCUGCCCCUCCACCACCUCAACCCCUCAAGCUAACCAAACAGGAGCAGAAGAAACUCAGGACCCAAAGACGAAUAGCUAAGGAGAAAGAGCGGCAGGAGAUGAUUAGACAGGGUGUCAUUGAACCGCCAAAACCAAAGGUCAAGAUGAGCAAUUUAAUGAAAGUACUAGGAACUGAAGCAACUCAAGAUCCCACUAGGCUUGAAAAGGAAGUACGUAAUGCAGCUGCUGAGCGUGAGCAGGCUCACAUAGAUAGGAAUAUUGCACGCAAGCUUACUCCUGCUGAGCUGCGUGAGAAGAAGGAAAGAAAGCUGUUUGAUGACCCAAAUACAUUGGACACACUUGUCUCACUUUACAGGAUUAAUGAUCUCUCUCAUCCAAAGGCCCGCUUUAGAGUUGAUGUUAAUGCUCAAGAAAACCGUUUGACUGGAUGUUCUGUGAUUUGUGAUGGUAUUAGUGUUGUUGUGGUUGAAGGUGGAAGCAAGUCAAUUAAGAGGUAUGGGAAACUUAUGCUUAGGCGUAUCAAUUGGAGUGAUUUUUCAAAAGAGAAAGAAGACGACGAAGAUUCAGAUGAUGACAAGCCUGUCAAUAAAUGUGUUCUGGUAUGGCAAGGAAGUAUUGCCAAACCAAGUUUCAAUAGGUUCAGCGUUCACGAUUGCAUCACUGAAGCAGCUGCUAGGAAAGUUUUUGUGGAUGCUGGAGUUCCUCAUUAUUGGGACCAAGCUGUCAACUACGUUGAUGACGAAGCUGCUUGAAUUGUCUUCUAAUGUUUUUGGUCAUAUUAUUAGCAUGCCUAGACCAUCUUUUGGUGAGUGAUUCGGUUAUACAAUUUACAAUCAGCAGAAUUUUGAACAAAAUUAGCUGUUGGUGCUCUCUCGUUUCCUAUGGUCAAUGAUGUCUACAAUCACUCUAAAUUUGGUACAUCAUUUAGUGGUGUAAAAGUUCUUGCAUUAAUUUGGAAAGUGUCCCUUCGAUAUGCCCCAAUGAUUGUGUGCAAUGUCAUUUGGUUAAAAAUUUUAGGCCUUCAGGAUUUACUACAAUGUUUCUGACUAUGUAAACUUUCUUUCUCACUAUUAUGUUUGAAUAUGCAAACAUUGUGUUGAUCUGUUUCUAGUAUAUCAGUAAUCUUCACCUGUCUUGCUAAAAACAUGUUUUCAAUGCAAACAGGUGGCCGUAUGUAUGGCAUCAGUAUAUGCUGUUACUCUGAAUUCUGAGAUGAAGAACUACUUAUGAUAUCACUAUAAUUAAUUGUUGAAUAUUUUAAUGUUA